UUGAAGGCGUUCUGCAGGGCAGAGCGAAAACAAUUUUCGACCAGUUCAUUGCUCUUCCUCUUCAUAUCGUGCACGGCUGGUCUGAGUUUGAUCAAUUCGUCUACUCAAGAGCAAAAUGUGGAUAUUUCUACGCUCGAACCGCAAUCUUCUCACAAGGCGCCACUGUUGUUCUCGAAGAGCAGUUUACUAUAGCACUGCGCAAACCCAACACUCAGUGCGGGAAAUCAGCAACAUUCUCAGCCUCGACAAUUGGCACCUUCACAUGGAUUCCCCAAGCAUCCUCUCCAAGCUAAAUCCGGAUGUAAUCCGAUCUGUCGUACACCAAAAUCGCAUGGGUGACCCACGGCGUCUUCUCAGCUUCUUCCAUUGGUCCGAACAAAAAAUGGGUAUGCUUCGAGAUUUAGAUACCUUAUGUAUUCUUGUUGUUUCUCUCUGUGAUUCGAAGUUGUAUGGCCCUGCUUCUGACAUCAUUGGCCGUAUGGCGCGAGAUUUCAAGCCUCCAUUCGAUAUUUUGGGUUCUAUUUAUAGUUAUUAUAGCGAGGCGAGUAAUCAGAGGUCUGAUUCAGUGGUUUUUGAAAUGUUAAUUGAUAGUUACAGGAAAUUGGGUUUGGUGGAUGAAGCUUCUCGUGUGUUUUUGGAGUCCCAGAGGAUGAAUUUUGUGCCUCGUUUAUUGACUGCCAAUUCAUUAUUGAGUGACUUGUUAAAGGUGCGUCAAUUAGACUUGUUUUGGAAGGUUUGUGAAAAAAUGUCUGCGAUGAAUAUGUCAUUUGAUGCUUAUACUUACACAUCUAUAAUUAACGCACACUUCAAGUCUGGUAACACUUAUGAGGUGACAAGGGUCCUCAAUGAAAUGGUAGAUAAAGGUUGCCGACCAACUAAAGUGACUUAUAAUGUGAUUAUUGAUGGUUUGUGUAAAGCGGGGUUACUUGGUGAAGCAAUGAACAUGAAAAAUUAUAUGGUUGAGAAUCACUUGGCCCCAGAUAAAUUCACUUAUUCGGCUCUAAUUAAUGGCUGUUGCAUGACAAAGCACCUCAGUGAAGCAAAAUUAAUUUUAUCGGAAAUGUCUAAUGUGGGGUUGAAGCCUGAUUUGCUUAGCUAUAAUACUAUCAUUGAUGCUUUUAUGAAGCAAGGUAAUGUGGAAGAGGCUUUUAAAAUGAAGGAUGAAAUGUUCAAAAAUGGUUUCAUUGUAAAUUCGGUCAUAUAUAGCACGCUUCUUAAUGGCUUGUCUAAGGCUGGCAGAAUGGACAGGGCUGGAGAAAUUCUAGAUGAGAUAAAAACUUUAGGAAUUAAGCUGAACUCUAGAAUUUACACAACUUUGAUUGAGGGAUACUGUAGGAAGGGCGAUAUGGAUACUGCCUUUAAGUUAUUUGAUGAGAUGAAGAAGCAAAGCUUGACACCCACUGAGAUAACUUAUAGUGUUAUUAUUAAUGGGCUCUGCAGACGUGGUAAACUCCCUAAGGCUGAUGAUUUCUUGGAGGAAAUGAUUGGAAGUGGUUUAAAACCAAAUGUUGUUACCUUCACUGCUCUUCUUUCAGCUAAUGCCAAGGAAGGUAGAGUUAAAAAGAUGAGAAAAAUAUUGGAGAGCAUGAGAGAACAGGGGAUCAUGUUAGAUGUAUUUUGCUAUAAUUCUAUUAUUGUCGGGCUAUGUAGGGCCCAGAAGAUAGAAGAAGCAAAGGCUUAUUUUCAUGAAAUGUUAAAAUUUCAAUUAAAGCCUAAUACGUAUACAUAUGGAGCUUUUAUCCAAGCAUAUAGUAAGUCAGGAAACAUGCAGAUGGCUGACUUGAUUUUUAAUGACAUGAUAGAGAAUGGUGUCAUGCCAGAUGAUGUAAUUUAUACACUCUUAAUUGAUGGCCACUGCAAAACUGGGAACAUAACUGAAGCCUUCACCAUAUUUAGGAGCAUGCUUGCCAGAGGUGUUUACCCAGAUGUUAAAGCAUACAGUGUGCUCAUUAAUGGUCUUUCAAGGAAUGGAAAAAUGCAAGAAGCAAUGACCCUCUUUUCAGAGUUAAAUAGCAAAGGGUUGGCGCCAGAUGUUUUUACUUAUGGUUCUAUCAUUAAUGGCUUCUGUAAACAAGGUGAAAUGGAGAAAGCUUUUCAGCUUCUUGAAGAAAUGAAUGAAAAAGGCAUAGAACCUGAAAUUGUUAUUUAUAAUAUCUUAAUUGAUGGGCUAUGUAAGGCUGGUGAGCUUGAAAGGGCUAAGAACUUAUUUAAUGUCCUACUGGAAUCUGGUUUGGUUCCAAAUAAAGUGACAUAUGCCACAAUUAUAAAUGGAUACUGCAAAUCUGGAAAUUUGGAUGAGGCUUUACUGUUGGUGAAUGUUAUGACUCAGAAAGGUAUCCAACCUGAUAGCUUUAUCUACAAUACCCUUCUCAGUGAAUGCUGCAGAAAUGGUCAAUUAGAAGUGGCUCAAAAUCUACUUGAAGAAAUGUUGCACAGGGGCAUGGCCUCUACUGUCUCUUAUAACAUAUUACUUGAUGGUUUCUGCAAAAAUAACAGGCUGCAAGAAGCCUAUCAUUCUUGGGAAGAGAUGUCGGAAAAGAAGAUUUUACGUAAUCAUGUCACAUACACAAUUCUGAUUGAUCACCAUUGUAAGGCUCAAAACAUGGAGAAAGCUAAGCAGCUCUUCAUUGAGAUGCAGGCGAGAGAUCUGAAACCAACUGUUGUAACAUACACAUCAUUAAUGCAUGGUCACAGCUUGGUAGGAAAUAGAUAUGAAAUUCGUGCUCUGUUUGAAGAGAUGGUGGCCAUGGGGAUUGAGCCAGACAUGGCUACCUAUAGAUUGAUGAUUGAUGUUCACUUGAAAGAAGGGAAGAAUGAAGAAGCCUCAUGUUUGAAGGAUGAGAUGCUGAAGAAGGGGAUGCCUGUGAGUACAGAUAUGAAUAGUUGUCUUAGUAGCGUUAUGGGAAAUUGAAAAACAAUGGGGUUGUCAAUUUGCAUAAUGAGGCGAAUCAUCUGGGCUUUGCAUUGUAUAUAGGGAGCUAGAGACAGUCAUGGGUUUCAAAGUCUAGAAGUUUAAGUUAUUUAUUGGGGAUGAGAAUGAUAUGAUAUGGAGGAUAUAACAGACUUUCAACUACCUGAGGGAAAUGACUUGGGUACUAAUUAAUAUCUGUGCCAACAGCAUUAUGAUUUUUUUGCUCGUUUACUGCUAUGAAUCCAUCCUGUUGGCUGCACAUAGACCUGGAAGAGCCAAGGAAAGAUGAGAAUUAUCUAUACUCUAUAGCUGAUGACAUUUUUUUUGUGGUAAAUUUUGCAGAGCUAUGCUUGGAGAACUGCAGGAGGUUCUUGAGGAGAUAGAAGAAGAAAGACAAAAUCAAGGUUUGUCAUUGGAAGAGGUUUUGAUUGAAGGCGAAGGUACUGAUAAAGGAAUUGUACUAGUGGCAUGUGAAGACGAACGUUCAUGUUUGCAGCUUGAAG